CACACAUGACAGCGCAGACUCUGAGAAAAGGGAAUUAGCAACACUGAAAACCUCUGGAAAGAAGGCUCUAAUUAAGGAUGCUAAGAGGGUGUCAAAGCUCCUCCAGGAGUGGGAAGGUGGAUAAGAAAAGAUCCCUCCUGUCACCAGGCAUCUGGGGAGGAACCUGUCCAUUUGCUGCGUACAGUGCAUCCGUGAGAUAACGGGAAGACAUGCACUGGACAGAAGCUGAGAUUCGGUAUAAUCGUAACUCCAGGAAUAGAAAGGAGAUAUUAGUGCCUGCUUCAUAAGGAUUCAAGAGGAAUAAAUGAGGUGCCUCUGUGGCCAAGUCUUCCUGCCUUGAUGGAUUAUACACUUGAGCCCAAUGUGACAAUAACUGACCACUACUAUCCUGAUAUAAUCUCAAGCCCCUGUGAUGGGGAACUUAUCCAAAGAGAUAGCAAGUUGCUUCUUGCCAUCUUUUACUGCCUCCUGUUUGUAUUUGGUCUUCUGGGAAACAGCCUGGUCAUCCUGGUCCUUGUCACCUGCAAGAAGCUGAGGAGCAUCACAGAUAUAUACCUCUUGAACCUGGCCCUGUCUGACUUGCUUUUUGUCUUCUCCUUCCCCUUUCAGACCCACUAUCAGCUGGACCAGUGGGUGUUUGGGACUGUAAUGUGCAAGGUGGUCUCUGGCUUUUAUUACAUUGGCUUCUUUAGCAGCAUGUUCUUUAUCACCCUCAUGAGCGUGGACAGGUACCUGGCAGUUGUCCGUGCUGUAUACGCCAUGAAAGUGAGGACGACCAGAAUGGGCAUAGCCCUGAGUCUGGCAGUGUGGCUGAUUGCCCUCGUGGCCACCAGCCCGUUACUAGUAUUUUACCAAGAGGCCUCUGAAGAUGGUGUUCUACAGUGUUAUUUGUAUUACAGUCAAGAGACGCUGAAGUGGAAGAUCUUCAUCCACUUUGAAAUGAAUAUCUUAGGCCUGUUGAUCCCAUUCAGCAUCCUUAUGUUCUGCUACAUUAGCAUCCUGCACCAGCUGAAGAGUUGCCAGAACCACAGCAAGACCAAGGCCAUCAAGCUCGUGCUCAUUGUGGUGGUUGUCUCUUUACUCUUCUGGAUCCCGUUCAAUGUAGUACUCUUCCUUACUUCCCUGCACAACAUGCACAUCUUGGAUGGAUGCGUCAUGAGCCAGCGGUUGAUCUAUGCCACCCAUGUCACAGAAACCAUUUCCUUCAUCCACUGCUGUGUGAACCCUAUUAUCUAUGCGUUCAUGGGCGAGAAGUUCAAGAAACACCUCUCAGAAAUAUUUCAGAAAAGUUGCAGCCACAUCUUCCUCUACAUAGGGAGACAAAUCUCUAGGGAGGCCUGGGAAAGGUCAUCCUCCUAUCAGCACUCCUCCCAUUCCUCCAGUAUAGACUACAUUUUGUGAGGCAGGUGCCUUAGAGCAGCCCUCUGCCUCCAUCACCCGUCUUCUUUCAGGAGACAAAAAUGAUUCACAGUGGAGUCUGAGACUAAG